AUGGCCGCCAUCGAUACGCCUCCACCGGUACAACGCCCGACAAACAAGGCCCAAUGGCUAAACAGCACGUACAUCACACAGCACGGCGUCGGCGGUAUGACAGUUCGACAGUUCACGGUGACCAAGGCAGCUAAAGAUGCGGUUGAUUCUUACUGGGAAGAUUCUCACAUCAAUUGGUCGCUUGAAUUCUUGAGACGCCGGCACGAGCAUCUGAAAGAUGUCUUCGUUGCGGGAACCGCUACAGCAUGGCAAUUGUACCGCAUCGCUACGGUGCCCAAUUUCUUAGAUGCACCAGAUACGGAAACUUACCAACGGACUUGGGCACCGCUAGUAGAAGAACUAAGGAGCCGGGAUAUAGUAGUCAUACCGAUCAACAAUGGUAUCAAACAAGAUACCGCACACACACAGCAAACGCUAGGGGUGGCUCAAGGGAACCACUGGUCUUUCAUCGUAAUCGACAGACGUGACAAGGAGCAUUCGACAGCCCGGUACGUCGACGGCAUGGUUACAGCAUCGAAGAGACGCAACAAGUGGAAGAUUGGAGGAACUAGCUUGAACGCACCAAUCGCUGGAACUGUCUUGUGCGGUUUUGAUAUCCUACUUGGUCUACAGAAAGGUGAUUUUAACACAAGAACUCUGAAAUUCGUUCCGCAUAUGGUACUCGAGGACGCACAUCGCGGGACCGAUCACGGACGUUGUGGGCCUCAUCUAUAUGCCUUCGUGGACCAUCUCCUCGCGAACAAAGAGAAUCUUAUCAACCCUGGUCUGGAUGCUGGCUUCAACAACGAGAAUUUGCGAGUAGCACGUCGCAACGAAUUUGGUUUCGAUUCUUGGUUCACGAGAUCAAAACUUGAGUAUGAGCUUCUGCACGAGCGGAGACGUCAAGAGGGUCUACAGCCUGCGAACCAUCGCGAUAACCUCACGCCCGAGGUUAUCGAGGCGCUACACAGCGUUUUAACUGUAGACCAGCUUCUCAGCUUAGCUGCGGAUUCGCAAGAUCCAACACUCCCACAAAAGAAAGGUGGUCCACCAAAGGCGAACAAUGAUAGGGAAGGUAGAACUGGCGAUGACGAAGAGUUGCCUGACCCGUAUAUGGGAUGCCCGCUGUCUGAGUAUCGGCAGUACCUCUCUUUGGACAAAACGAUCCCAAAAGAAAAGCGUUUGCAGGAUGCCGUCAGUCAUUGCAAAGUAAUACAAGAGUCUCUGGAGGCCUUUCAUAGAAGUAACGCGAACGGAGUGCUCACCAAGAAUCCAGUAUUCAGAUAUCCGGACGGUUUCAACAAAGACAAGCUUCCCAAUUUCGAGGAGCUUACUAGCUCAGAUACAGGACCAUGGUAUGAAGUGUACAAGAGCGAUAUCUUCAAUGUUCCGGUAGACCCAAAAGUAUCUGCUGCAACUAUCAAGGCUGUCCUCCAUCGUAUCUUCAAAGGGAGUUUCAAGAACUUAUCUUUUGAGCACUUGAGAGGAUAUCUUAGAGAUGUAAAAGUUUUUAGUGUUGAGGAGAGAUUCGUGAAGACUUGGACCACCGAAGGGCUAGCGGCGCGAUUGGACGAGCGUUAUCUUGAAUUGAAAGUGCCACUGUUUGCUUCCCUUUCCGACACGGAAGUGGAUAACUGGAUUCGAAAUCUCCAUCCUACCGCCAUGGCGGCUGUGAAGGAUGCCGAUGGUAACAACUUGCACAAACGAGCAAGAGGUAUGCUCUAUCGCUUCUUCGUGGGAGAUCUUGAUGAUAUGACCAACGAGGAAGUGGAAGACUGGCGGGUGAACGACCCUACUAUUCCCAAAGACCACAAGAAAGACAUCGAAGGCACUCGAUGGUGGAUCAAAUGGCAUUAUGGUACCGAGGAUGUGCUUCCUUAUUUGAGGGAGAGCCCACUUCAUUGGCCAGCUCUAGCACAUUGGCCUAGUCGCGGAUAUAAGCCAAAGAGCGACAACGAUAGCGACGAUGACAACGACGAUGACAACACCGCAGACAGUAGCAAGAAAAUGCCGAAGCCUGAUGGUGCACGGAAGCGAAAAAGAGACGGCGAUAGUGACCGCAAUGAUGCAGGCAAUAGUAAGAAACGGUCGAAGCCAGAUGAUGGGACGGGGACUGAGGACCCCAGAAAUAUCGACUGGGCCACCGUCAGCUUAGACAAGCUCAGCAAGUAUGUUACUGACGAAGUCCGGAAAGACUCGAGGAUCGGUGCCAAUUCCAAUAGCUAUACGCACCGAGCCAUUCUUUUCGUGCAAUACGGCGGACACUUCAAGGACGAUAUCGAGACAUUACAGCAUCUCUGGAUUCGUGACGUUAAUGUCUUCAAAUCUAGUAACGACGUUUGGGCCCUUGGAACUGAUAUCUUCAUCGAUUCAGAUGGUGUACCUGACAUCAAGAUCACAGUACAAGAAAUUCAACAACGUAUGGAGGCAAAAUACGAGAGGAUCGGUACGCAACCCAACGUACCAGAUGUUGGCAACACAUCAGCCGCUCCCAAAGGACCAGCAGCUCCCAAAGUACCUGCCGCUCCCAAAGUACCUGCUCCGAAAAGACCAACCGCUCCCAAAGUACCCGCCGUUCCUAAAGUGCCAGCCGUUCCUACAGUACCGUCUGUUUCCAAUGUGACAGCUCCGAUACCAGCCGUAGCGCAUCCUAGGGUAACUAGGGCGAAUGCACCGAAACCCGUCUUACCAGAAUUAAACAUAACCGCGCUGGGCUUGGAAACCGUGAACUUUACACGAAUACCGGCGAAACAGAUCAAGGAGUGGGUAAAUUUAAAACCGAUCGGUACCUCUCUUACUCACAACCUCGAAGUCUGGCACAAAAAGACAAUCCUUCAGAAGAUCUUUGGUGGCUUUGGUGCUUUACAGGAGGACGACAUCUUUUACUGGUUGAACAAUGAUCCGUUCUUUAAGAAGAACAAGGAAGACAAGGAGUGGAGUCUUGCGGAUGUUGUGCCUAUGCUAACAAAGCGUGUUGCUGGUAUACCAAAAACGGACCUCCGCGGUAAGCUUUUGUAUUAUCCAGCUAGCUAUUUAUCAGACUUCAGGAGUCGGGACCCAAAACCACUAGGAACACUCCAGGGAACGCUUCAGAACAAUGAAGAUGAUACGAUGGACUUUAUUGAUAUCAGCCCUGUUGCUGAACCAGACGAGUCUGACAAUGACACGGACCCGAUUAAGGCACAACAGCCGAAGAACCUGGCGAAACCAGGCCCCGGUUUCGUUGGCUUUGGAGCAGCACAAUCCCAAGGCCCUAACAAUAGCACAGCUGCAAAUCAGAACGUAACCGGUACAAAGCGAAAGCGUGAGGAAGCCAACCCAGUGGAGGGGCAACACAAGAAACUCAAGCGCUCAGCUCCAAACUUCCUCGAAAUCAACGAAUCUGAACUUCCCCUCUGGCUUGAAAAACUCUCCCUUCAAAUCCGCAACGACCUGCGCGACUCUAAACUCCAGCUCAAACAGCCCGCGCGUGCGCGCGCCUGGCUAGAACGCAUCUACAACAGCACGUUCCAGGACAUGCAAGCCGAAGACCCACUAUCUGCGGAGAGCUUAAAAGAGAUAGUAAAGUGGCGUCGCAUGUGGGGAGGUCAUUAUGCGCUUGAAUCCAAGGCGCCGAAUAUUUUGAAGCGUUUCCUGGAUGAACACUUGAUGCAGAAGAACACUUAUGAGCGGGAAGAAGGAACGACGGGUGGUAAGUCGGGCAAGCUUCUAAAGAGGGAGUUGUGGUUUCCUGAUUAUAGGGGUGAUGAAAGGCAGUGGCCGGAUUAUUGGAAGAAAGCAGAGGACGAGCGUGUGGGCGGAGCAUGA